AUGACUGUUCAGCGUGAGGAGCAAUGCAGGGCUGAGGAAGUCUUAUAUGAGGCUGUGGUAGUAUCCAACCAUAACAACCAGAGUAAUAGUAGCAGUGGCUCAUCCUAUAACAUGGAGACAACUAUGGCAAUGGUGGAGGCGGCAGCAGUAGCAACGCAUCAAGCUGCAGGAACACCAACACCAACAACUACGACCGCAGCACCGACAACUACGACCGCAGCACCGACAACUACGACCGCAGCACCGACAACUACGACCGCAGCACCGACAACUACGACCGCAGCACCGACAACUACGACCGCAGCACCGACAACUACGACCGCAGCACCGACAACUACGACCGCAGCACCGACAACUACGACCGCAGCACCGACAACUACGACUGCAGCACCGACAACUACGACCGCAGUACCGACAACUACGACCGCAGCACUGACAACUACGACCGCAGCACCGACAACUACGACCGCAGCACCGACAACUACGACUGCAGCACCGACAACUACGACCGCAGCACCGCCAACUACGACUGCAGCACCGACAACUACGACCGCAGCACCGACAACUACGACCGCAGCACCGACAACUACGACCGCAGCACCGACAACUACGACCGCAGUACCGACUCCAGCACCGACUCCAGCACUACGGCCGGAGAUGACCACGCUAGUGCCAGCAACACCAGCGGUGGUACCAGUUCCACGCUCAGAAUUAACACUAACGCUACGGCAGGGGAUAACUACUGCAACGGCAACAACAGAAGUAUCGCCGACCCACGCCCCGUAA